AUGUCCACACUUCUUCGAUCCUUGCGUGAUCAAACGCUAUCUCCGAUGCCAGCUGGAGCUUCGUCUUAUCAUCAAGAAUCUCUUCUUCAUGUUGAACGACAAGCAAAAUAUAUACAGCGCAACCUACAAGUCCUGAUCGAUGCUCAAAGUGACGGUCUGCUCUCUAGCCUGGCUGGAUCUCGUACAGAUCAUGUCUUGAGCGAUGCGUCCACGUCCUCUCCUGUGCCGAAUGAUGGCCAUUCACCCUCGCUCGCGACCGUGCCCGCCAGGCAGCCUGCCUCCAAGAAAAUCAGUCUUCGCUCUGCACGCGAGGGAAUCUUUCAAUCCAUUUACAAUCUGCUGAAGUUGCGGGAGGAGGAACGAGACAUUAUCUCAUCCCAAUUCGACGAGAGAUCAACCGGUCUGAGAGAUAUCGAGAACUUCCACUCUAAACGAACUGGUCUCCAAGAGGCAAUAACUACUAUACAUGGCAACGACGAGAGUCGGCGCUCGAAGCAACUAGAGGAAGAAGCCCUGCGCCUUCAAACUGACAUCCAUGAAUUGGAAACCAGGCUUUUUGAGAUGAAAGCUAAGCACCGACAUCUUGUCAGCGAAAUCUCACACAUCAACAACUCGGUCGAUGCAAAGUUGUCCUCUUAUACUGAAUCAUUGUCGUUACUCGACUCUGAUAUUUGCAAAUACCUCCGUGACCCUCCCAUCCAAUCGCUGUCGCGCCAACCCGUUGAAUCUACGUUUCAUUCUCUAAACCCUAAACGUCGCACACUCGAUAUGGCGCAGGAGCAUUGGACAGCUGAACAAGUGAGUUUGGGCAAUAGGCAGAAGGAAGUGGACGCAGAAAUCCAUGCGCUGGAGGAGGGCGGUGGUGUUUGGAAACAAACCAUGCAUGAUGUCACCGGUUUUGAGAAACGCUUACGGGCCAACAUGCGACGCUACGUUGGGAUGGCAACAACGGAGCCCGCAAGCGAGCCAGCGGAUAAAAAAGAUGAACUCGUGAAGAGCAUUAUAGACGAUUUGGAUAAAACCACUCACCAAAUUGAGUCCUAUUUGGACCUUGCAGAGACCAAGGACUGGAAGCUUCUGGUCUGCUGUAUUGCGGCCGAGCUAGAGGCCUUGCGAGAAGCAAGGGGACUCCUUCUACCCGCCUUCGGUUUGUCGCCGCAGGAACAUGAUGCACCCCUGAACCCUCCUGGCCAUGCCGAGGCACAGGAUGCAACGCAUGGCGAUGAUCCCGCGGGUCCGCUAGAGAAUGAUGACCCAGAACCCCCAGCAGACCUUCUUCAAGACUCACAUCAUCAGCAUUCGGAUGCUGCGUCUAGAUCGGAGGAUGAUGAGCCGGAUCCUUCCUGGCUUUCAUAA